AUUUUACGUUGUUUUCUGUAAAAUGUGAGUUUCUGUAAGUGAAACCGCAGCGUGGCUGUGUACAAACGAACCGUUUCAUCAUGACUGAAGGGAUUUAAACCAACAGGAAACACCAGCACAGCUUCCGUCCUGUCGCCGCGAGAUCACCAGCUGAACUUGAACGGUUGUUCUGGACUGAGACACUAUGGGUCGGCUGGAUGAUGCUGCCAAACACAAGGUGGUGGAGCUGAGGAAGGCUGGUCUGAGUUUCCGUAAGAUCAAAGCUGUGCUGGAGCUGGAGAACAUCAAGGUCUCUGCUCAGGCCAUCUACCUGUUCCUGAGGGAGUUCCAGGGGAGGCCACCGGGGAGGGUCAGACCCGUGGAGGCAGGAAGCAGCACAUCACCAGCACAGGUGCAGGCUCGAACUGGGUCGAUGCAGGAGAGCUGGAGUAACAUUCAUCUCCAGAACCUGUUGCGGGAGGCGUCUCAUCAUGCCAGCUUUGCAACAGCUGCAGACUUUGCCAAACAGGCUUCCACAAAUUCAGAAGCUACAGCAAAUUCAUCCGGAUCUGUGGAGAACAUUGGAGGCAGCAGGCCGGAACAGCAGAGUGAACGAAAUAAGGAAGAGAACGACAUCCAGAUUGUUAGCGUCACGUCUCUUGCACAGCACAGCCAACAACGAGCUCCCCAGUCCUCAGGCACGAGGUCAGAGACGGGAGCUGCGUCUUCCCUCAUGAGGAGGAGAGUCACACCUUCUCCAGCCACCAGCUCAAUGCUGGCAGCUCGAAAGAGACUUUUGGAUAAAGCUCUGUCACACAGGAUGAAGUCGUUCCACCAGGUGGCAUCGAUGUUGAGGCGAGACCACUCAAGUGUCCAAGGUGCUGAUCUGAGGACUGCUCUGCCACAGCAGCCUGAAACCUACGAUCUGACCACUGACAAGGUGACAACAGCACAAACCUCAAAUGCCAAAAUGGGUCUGACUGUUAUGGAGGGUCAGCCUGGAGGUGGCAGCACCCCCAGACGUUUUCUCACCCAGAGACCAGGACUGUCUGUUCGCUCCCUUCACCCUCCUCCUCGUGUUGGGAUUCGUCUUCUGAACCGGCCACUACCACCUUUAGCUUCCUCCGCUCCUGGAGCUGCCGUUAUCCGCCUACAUGCUCCUGGAGCUCAGGCUGCCAGUCGCAGUGAGGGGAAUCCGAGUUCACAGCAGGCGGUCCAGGAUGCCGCAGGCAGAGGUUUGCAGGAUCAGAUUCAGACGCUGGGCUCCGAGGUGCGCAGCUUGGGCUUGGCGGUGAAGAUGCUGGUGGAGCAGCACUGCCGGCUGGAGAGGGAGCAGGCGCAGCAAACGCAGAUUCAGAAGCAGAUCCUCAACACUCUGCAGACUCUAGCCUCCAAAGUUGGACAGUGUAGCAGCGUUCAGCAGCAGCACAACAAAACUCCGUCACCCUCCGCAUUGCCGGCAGCUUCUGCUCCAACCUCCUUCAGCCAGGACUCCUUCAGUUUCAGUCAAGGCACGUACACUCCGUGCAGCCAAAGCCAGCCCGGCUACAACUCUUUGGAAAGUUUAGAGAAUGUGGAGGCCUUCAAACUGCCAGGACUGAGCCCUGCAAGCAUCAAUGGGUUUCCACCUUGUAGCAAUGCUGAGAGCCUUCCUCUCACUCACACCCCCCCUCAGUCACAACCAUAUGCAGCUGCAUAUUCACAGCAAACCAGCCAAGCCCUCAUGUCUCCCUACACACAGUCCUACGUGUCCACAUACAGCCAGUCGCAUUCUCAGACUUUCAGAGCGUCACAGAGUAAAACAUCUGAUUUCCCCAGCAGCUGUUCAGUGAGCUCCUUCCAGGACUGCAGUGUUUCCACGCCGACCAUGAUGAACGCGACCCACACCUCACAGGAUCAGCAGAUCAACGUCAUCAAGGUGGAAGGACCUUAGAAGGUUUGGAUUCCAUGCAGUGUUUGGGGACGAUAAGGGCUCAGAUGCGCUUUUGGAGUGAUUGUUUAAUUGUUAUUAAAGGCACAUGUUUUUUUUACAGUUAACAAAUAAUGUAGCAUUUUUUAAUUUAUUUAUUUCCAAAGUGAAUUUUCAGACGACAUGAAGAGCAAUAGAGUAAAUGGAUUACAGUGCUUUUGUAAUAAUACCACGAAUUGUCUUUUCAAAAGACAAAGAAUCCAAAUUCAAAAAAUGAUCAUUUGUCAUUUUUGUGAAAACACUUCCUGUUAAUUUUGUAUGAGUUUAUCUUGUAUCAGUAGGGCUGGAAUUAUUGACUGUCUGUGCUGACUGAUUAAAAAAUAAAGAGCUGGUUGUGAUCCAAAACAUG